UGCACACCUUUUGCCACCUGGGGGAGGGCUGUCCAAGGCAGCCACCUAAAACCCAGCCCAGAUCAAACAGCAACGGAAGGUUGCUGCAGAAGCCACCAUGGCCCAGACCGUCCUCCUGAGUGUCGCCCUUCUGAGUGUCGUCCUCUCCUUCCAUGGCGCCUUGGGCAUCACUGGCUGCAGAGUCACUCGACCCGGGCUGGAAAAGUAUUGCCAUUCCACACAACAUCACUGGGUGCAGGACCUGCAAGGUCCUAUCCAACGGCUCCCUCCCCCCCUCUUGCCUGGUUUGAUUAACUGCCGAUUAACUAUCCUCAAUUUGGAGAGUAUUAGGGUGGUUAUGAGGCCGCCCGGUAGGGUGGAAGUGAUUGUGUGCCUCGUGCUCGAGAUCAAGUGCUACCUCCUGCUGGUACCGGUCAAAGUGCGCGUCGCAUAUUGUCUUACCAUCACGAUGAUUGUGGCACCUUUGGGGCUGAGGGUCGCCAGCUGCUCUGCGGCGUACGUGGAAAUCAAAGUACAGGCAUUGAUCGAUGUGAAGCUGGAGCUGGCAGAAGUGGCGGAAAUUCUGGGCCCCGUGCUGGAUCCUGUGGUUUGUCCCAAAGCCAUAGAGAUAGCCACGAAACUGAACCUCAUGCGUGACUUGCAACUUGUGCCAGCGUCGUUCUUUACAGGCUGCCAGUACACCUGCACAAGGGGCCACCCACCUCAACUCUACGCCAACUACGUGGAUUUAUUUUUUGUGCCUCAAGUGACCUGUGGAGGAGCUGUGGUUCCGUGGCCCCCGUAUCCCAGCUACUACCUGCCAGCCUCCCUCGUCCCUGAUGAACACACGUGUUAUUAUAUUAGUGAAGAUGACUUGGCCAACAUCCUUUUAGCUUUGCUGGGAAGAGGAUUAUUCAACCAUGAGUUCACCCACCUGACUGUGACCACCACUUUAAUAAUUGCCCGCAUCUCUGGGAUUGUCUGUCCAAAGGAUCUUCCUAUUAUGCUGAGGAUCUCGUGCGCACACAUCGCCAUCUCCAUUACUACUAGAGGUGUCAUUUUUGAUAUACGCUUUGCAGUGGAUAUCGGCUAUUUCCAGUCUGUGUAUGUUAGCCUCCUUCGUGUCACAGUGACAAUGAAAAUAAUUGUCAUUUCGACCAUUGACUGCCAAAAAGGACGGCUGGUGUUUUCCGUGGGUGCGAUAAGCGAAAUCCGUGUUACAGGUACUUGCAGUGGGAGUCCUUGCACGGUUGAUGGCUCCCUGUUAGAGGAACUGUUUUCGCUAAGGGCACAUUGCCGGGACUUAUUCAACGAGAAAAUGAAAAUUGGUUUCCCCUGGCCUUUCCCCACAAAGUGCGCCUGUUCCACCUGCCGUGACGUCAUCAUUGUCCCGAAAAUUGUAGUGUGGUGCUGCAAUCUGAACUACCUGGAGUGAUAACCUCGGAUGGCUGGAGAAGACCCUUCGACAGAAGCCAGAGCGGUUCCUUUGCUUCGCUCAGAAGGGGGAAAAGGAGGGGGGAAAACCGGGGUGGUUCAUUUCUCUAUCUUCUCUUUAGUGGGAUGGGUUCAAUCAUGCAUAGGGGUGUAUCUUCAAUUGCGCAUAUCUUUAUAUCUUGCAACCAGGGCUUUUUUCCAGCUGGAACUCGCCGGAACUCAGUUCCGGCACCUCCCAGGUGGGUGCCAUUCUAAGAGAACAAGGGAGGUGUUUGUGGUGAGUUCUGGCACCUAAUUUUCUAGAAAAACAGCAGUGCUUAUAAUCCUAGUGUUUUGCAUAAGGGCAGUUUUCAGGGGUGAUUUUAAGUGCUAAAGGGUGAAAAGAAAGUUGUUUCAUUAAAGAAUCUUUGGGCUGCC